UGGCUCCGCCCACAAACCCCCGCAGGCGAGGGAACCUCCGGGACAAGUCACAGAGACAAUAGGCUUCUAAACCUCAUCUGUAAAAUUAAAUCUAUUGUUGACACAGAGAGGAGAGUGACCUGGGGAAACUACCGGGGCGGUGGACGAGCUUGGAGAAAACCGGAACCGGCAGCACUCGGUGUGAGCUCGGUGUGGUUUGUUUGGGAUCGGAACCGGUUAGAUUGUUGUGUGUUCUGCUCAGGACCAGGAUCAAGCCAUAAGCCGCAGAUAUUUAAACACCCGCGUCUGUGAUCAUUCUCGGCGAUCUGAGAUCUGAUCUACACGUCGGAUAAAAAUUUCUUCUUGUUCGUGGCUUGCGUCAGCUGAACACGGGUCAGUUGCUGUAUCAGGACUGUUAAUAACGACUGCAGCUUUAAAAGAAACAACAGAUCGGAGAACGGAGCCGGGCUUGUCGUCGUGGCUGAAUAAUAAAGUGCUGACGUCAGCAGCGGGUUGUGUUCCCGGUGGAUCUGUAACAGAUCCCGACUGAAUCAUUGAUACACGGGGUAACAUGAGCUCGGAGGAAGCGACAGCGCCGAACAAAAACACCGCCGCCGACGGGGACGGCAUGUCCUGGUGGUACCGGUGGGUGUGCAAGACUGCUGCUGUGCUGGGCGGAGUCUCCUGUGCUGUGAUGGGUGUUUGGAACUGUGUGACUGUGAACCCCUUAAAUAUCGCCGCAGGAGUCUGGAUGGUGUUGACGGCGUGUGUGUUGUUCAUCUGUGAAGUCCCAUUCUGCUGUCAGUUUGUGGAGUUUGCGAAUGUCGUAGCAGACCGAGCGGACAGGAUGCGACCCUGGCAAAAAGCAGUGCUUUACUGUGGGAUGGCACUGUUCCCGGUGUUCCUCAGUCUGAGCAUCACCACUCUGUUUGGGAACGCUGUUGCCUUUGCUACCGGAGUGCUUUAUGGACUCGCUUCCCUCGGAAAGAAGGGGGAUGCAGUUAGCUACGCUCGGCUGCAGCACCAGAAACAAGGCGACGAAGAAAAACUUACAGGCACGACAGACGGCUCGACUCUGUGACUCCUCUCCCUUCUUCCGUUACCUCUCGUUCUUCUACCUCUUCCAUCUGUCUCUCCAUCUCUGUGUCUGUGAGAUUCUUCAACAACUCGUGUUGUGGUUUUAUUUAUCCUAGAUUUAUUACUUUUUAUCACAACAGGCCGUGUUUAUGUACGGUACUGUGCAAAAGUCUUCGGCACGUGCAAAGAAAGAUACCUUCAAUAAUAAUAAAAAAGUACUUUAAAGUGCAGUAAUAAACCGAAACAAAUGAAACAAAAUCACAAUUUAGUUUGAUGACCCUUUACUUUAAAAAAAAAAAAGUCUCAGGUACACUUUCUACAGUUUUCUAGGGAAAUGAGCCGUACGUUUUCUUCUUCAUCUUGUGGAACCAGUCACGGUUCUUCUGGAGACUUCGACUGUCGCGUUUUCUCCUUAUUUUUGCAGCAGAACCCAGCAGCCUUCAUUGUGUUUUGUUUUUUUUUGUCUGAAAAGUGUUCUCUUACGUAAUACGCUGCUUUCUUUAAUGACACUCGAACGUUUUUCUGUAACGUUUCAUUUUGUGCUGUAAAACUAAUGUUUGGAAAUCGGACGUGCUUUUGUAUCGAUAAUAAUGUAAAAGUCAUCAAAUAAAAAUCCAUCAAGUUUGUACUUAAAAAAACAAAACAAAAAAACAAACAAAGAGGGUGCCCAAGACGUUUGCACAGUACUUUAUAUAUAUUUUGGUGUUUGAAUUCGUUUUCUGCUCUGCUCAUGAUUGGCUGUUGUGCAGUGAAGUUUCAUUUAUUUGAAAUUCUUGAUUCAGACACUGAACUAACCUCACGCAGAGAUCCAGAAUGCAUGUUACUGACUAAUGGGAGUUGUGCUGAGUGGGAAUUUAUUCACCUGAAUUCUGAAAACUGUGACUAGAACAGCAAUUUCUCCAGAAUGUUGUUAAUAAAUAAUCUGGGAUUGUGGGAA